UGUCCCACAGAAGAAGAAUAAGCCCUAUCUGCGCAGCUGUGGCGGCCAUGUGACGUUUGAAGACUUUUGAAGAAAGAAAAACGAGUUUUUUUUAUUUUAAUCAGGAGUUUUGAGGUUCUUCAGUUAGUUAGUAAUCUACGUGUUAACAAUGGCGGCAGACUCUGUGAAACUCUCCAAAAAUGUGCUACGCAUGAAGUUCAUGCAGAGAGGUUUGGAUGCUGAGACGAAGAAGCAGCUGCAAGAAGACGAGAAAAGAAUAAUCAGUGAUGAACAUUGGUACCUGGACCUGCCGGAGCAGCAAACCAAAGAGAGCUGCCUAGUGGAAGAGAAGAGUUUUGUUCCGUUUGAAGAGCUUCUGUUUGGCCGAAUGUCCUUCAAAGGCUUCAAUCCAGAAGUGGAGAAACUGAUGACGGUCAUGAACCCACGCGGCACCGCGGCUAAACAGGAGGCAGACGCCAAUGCCGGCCGGAUGCAGACAGAUGUGACGGAUGAAGAGAUGGCUCUCAGGUACGAGAGUUUAGUGGAAAGCAUGAAGAAGAAAUUUACCCGGAAACGGGAACGAGUUGCUACAGAAGAAGAUGUCAAUCAAAAUGUUUUGAAAACAAAUAAGACAAAGAACAAAAAGUUCCUGAAGCCAAGUCUUGACUAACACCCUUUUGGUGUUUUUUUUUUUAAUAUAUAUUUUUGUAUAAUGGACUGCUGCUGACACUAGAGGUUCAACUUCCUGUGUCAAAGGUUUUAAUUUUAUUGUAUACAUUUGCUAGUGUGACUACCAAGAAAAACUUGGGAAGUGGUGUCUUAUUAAACACCCAGGAAGUG